AUGUUUAGAAUCAAGAGGAACUCUGAUGGUACUAUUGCAAGGCAUAAGGCAAGGUUGGUUGCUAAGAGAUAUCUUCAAGAAGAGGGCAUUGAUUACCAAGAAACAUUUAGCCCAGUUGCCAAGCUUCCCAAUAUUCGGUUUGAAACCUCUUCCAGUUUUGUUUGUAAGCUUCACAAAGCUUUGUAUGGCCUUAAGCAAGCCCCAAGAGCAUGGUACUCCACAUUUUCCUUUUUCCUCAUUUCUCAAGGGUUUGUCAACAGCAAGUGUGAUUCUUCUCUGUUUAUUCAAAAGACAUCCUCUACUUUUACUGCACUUCUAGUGUAUGUAGAUGGCAUCUUAAUCACUGGCAGUGAUACUCAGCAUAUUCAAACUCUUGUCACUCAAAUGCACCAAGUGUUUUCUAUGAAAGAACUUGGUUCCAUAUCUUAUUUUCUAGACAUUAUUCACAAUGCUGGGAUAAUGAAUUGUAAACCUUGCUCUUCUCUCAUUGCUGUCAAGCCUGCUGCGACUCCUAUUUCUGAUCAUUCUUUUGCUAAUCCCACUCUAUAUCGAAGUGUGGUUGGAGCUUUGCAAUACUUGACAAUUACCAAACCUGACUUGACCUUUGCAGUUAAUCAAUUAUGUCAACAUAUGCAGGACCCUACUAAUGCUCAUUUUUCUGCAGUCAAAAGGGUUCUUCGAUUUGUUAAGGGAACUCUUCAUCAUGGCCUCACCUACACUCCCAGUUCUUUUGAUCUUCAUGCUUAUUCAGAUUCCAACUGGACUGGGGAUGUUCUUGACCAAAAGUCUACCUCUGGUUACUGUGUAUUUCUAGGGAUCAAUCUCAUCUCCUGGUCUGCCAAGAAGCAGGCUACUGUUUGGAGGUCAUCUACUGAAGCUGAGCACAAGUCUUUGGCUCAUACUGCUACAGAACUUGCUUGGCUUGGCCUACGUCUCCAUGAUUUUUGUAUUGAUUCUCCCACUGUGCCACUGCUCUGA